AUGAGCAACAUCAACGCCACUGUUCCGUUCCCUUCUAACCUAGCGUGGUCUGACGCAAGCCCCGAAUGGAUGAACAAAGCCGACAACGCAUGGCAGCUGACAGCAGCGACUUUCGUCGGGAUGCAAAGCAUUCCGGGGCUACUACUCCUCUACGGAGGCGCGGUGAAGAAGAAGUGGGCAGUGAAUUCAGCUUUCAUGGUGCUCUACGCUUUUGCUUGUGUUCUCAUUUGUUGGGUUGGGUGGGCCUAUCAGAUGUCGUUCGGGGCGAAACUGUUUGCCUUUUGGGGGAAAGCCAAUGUUGCUUUGGACCAAACAUUCUACUUCAAGAUGGCUUUCCUUGGGUUGUUUCCUACCGUGACGAUGAUAUAUUUCCAGUUUGUGUUCGCGGCAAUCACCUUGAUUCUCGUUGCUGGAGCGUUGUUAGGACGGAUGAACUUCUACGCGUGGAUGUUGUUCGUCCCUCUUUGGCUAACCUUUUCCUACACUAUUGUAGCGUUUACUAUCUGGUCUCCUAAGGGGUAUUUCGCUCUUAAAGGAUUGAUAGAUUACUCCGGCGGGUAUGUCAUCCAUUUGUCUUCCGGAGUUGCAGGUUUCACUGCAGCAUAUUGGGUUGGACCGAGGCUGAACAAGGACCGGGAAAGGUUUCCUCCGAACAACGUCCUUCUCAUGCUGGCGGGGGCGGGAUUGCUUUGGAUGGGAUGGACAGGAUUCAACGGAGGAGAUCCUUACGUCGUAAGCAUGGACGCUUCCUUGGCUGUUUUGAACACCCACGUCUGCACCGCCGCCAGCUUGCUCACAUGGGUCCUGCUCGACAUCUCCUUCUUCCGAAAACCCUCCGUCAUCGGUGCCGUCCAAGGCAUGAUUACCGGCUUGGUCUGCAUCACCCCAGCUGCAGGGGUCGUGCAAGGCUGGGCAGCAAUCAUAAUGGGAAUCCUCUCCGGAUCAAUCCCGUGGUUCACCAUGAUGGUCGUCCACAAGAAAUCAAAGCUCCUCCAGAAAGUAGACGACACCAUGGCCGUACUUCACACCCACGCCGUCGCCGGAACCUUGGGAGGAAUCCUCGCCGGCCUCUUCGCCGAGCCGAAACUCUGCUUCUUGUUCUACACCGUCCGCAACGAAUACAUGGGUCUGUUCUACGGCCUCCAGUUGGGGAAAGCGGGAACCGGGUUUAGGCAAUUGGGAAUACAGCUUUACGGGAUAUUGUUCGUCGUGGUGAUAAACGUCAUUGUUACAAGCAUAAUCUGCUACCUCGUGGGGCUUGUCGUGCCUCUGAGAAUGUCGGACGAGGAUUUGGAGAUCGGAGACGAGGCGGCUCAUGGAGAGGAAGCGUACGCCAUUUGGGGGCAAGGUGAGAAGGAGAAUUCCACAAAGUUUGUUCCUGGUCAGAUUGAGAUGGCUUGAGA